AUGGAAGACACUUUACACGACUUAAAGGAUAUUGCUCACUCGAUAGAUCAUUUGAUAGAAAAUGGGCCAUUGGAGACCAAAGUUAUCAAUCCGGAAAAUAUUGGUUACGUCUCUGGACUAUGUAUCCUUGCAGUUUUUGGAACCCUGGGUAAUGUUUUAAUUUUGAUAAUGUUCUCUAAGAAAGAAUUUUCUAAAACGUCAUAUUCCAUAUAUAUCAGAUCCGCCGCAAUUUCUGAUACAAUUUUUAUGUUGAUGAACAUUUCUGAGGACGUUAUGGACCACGUGACCUCAUACUCGCCAGACCAGUUAAUGGCUACGUCGUAUGGUUUCUGUAUCUUUUGGUCCGUAACAAAGGGAACGUUUCGUACUGCUUCUCCGUGGAUUGUCGUAGCCCUAGCUCUAGAUCGAUGUGUUGCUAUAUGGAAACCCCUAAACAGAACGCGUUAUUGUACAAAAAAGACAGCAGAAAUCAUAACGGCUAUUAUUAUUUUAACCUCUCUCGGUGUGGAAUUAGGUUUGGCUUUACCAUUCACUACAAUGUUAAUUGAAGAAGGAUACAUCAUUUGUGCCGAUACCGGGAUAAGUGGAGAGUUGUCAACUAUCAAACGAUUGGUUACAGAAACUGGUUUACCGUGUAUAACCAUGUUGAUUCCUAAUCUACUCGUCAUCAUCAAAAUUCAACAAAGUCUCAAAUUCAGACGGUCAUUCUCAACGGCCAAUGAUCAAAAGGGAAAAGUGGCCAAAUCAGCUCGGCCAUUGUUAGUAGUGUCAUGUUUGGCCUUCAUUACUCUACUUCCUAUCUCAAUCACGGAGGUGGUCGAACUUAGCAGAAUGAACCAAGAAGUAGUGAACCAUGAAGGCAUUUAUUACGAUGACUAUUACCAUAAUGACGAUUUUGAUCAUGAUUAUCCAGAUUUAAACAGAAACAACAGUCAUGGCAGAAUGUUCAAUGACAGUGUUUUCAACUUUCCGAAUGGCACAUUAGAUAACAUCAUAUCAAGAAAUUCUUCUGAAGCAAACGAUGAAAGUGUUGACUCCGACCUGAUUGAAAGCACCAAUUUGAGAGCUAAUGAGAAAAGGAAUAUGACUUCGGACCUGAUUGAAAACACUACAUUUGGAACUAAUAAUGAGAAUAAUGUGAACUCGGACCUGUUUGAAAACACUAGAAGAGAUAUAGAAGAUGCGGAUGAUGGUGUACACGACGAAAUGAACGAAGAUGAUCUGGAAAAGCUGGAGGAAAGGGGAGAGAACCAAGAAUCAGAAGUUCAACAUCUCGGACUCGAAACGAGAGAAGAGAAUCUCAACGACGAAGAUGAAGACGAAGACGAGGAUGAAGAUGAUUUUGAAAAUAAUACAGACAAAAACUUACUAGAUACGAUCUGGAAGGCUUGCAAUUUUAUCUACAUGUGUAAUUUUAGUCAGAAUUUUUAUCUCUUGAUGUUAAGCUCUAAAAGAUAUCGCGCUAGUUUGUUUAAAAUGUUUUACUGUGGACGAAAAAAGUAUGCGUUGGAAAAUCAGCCACAGACCGAAACUAUAUCAUCUUCUGUGGAAACGUGA